GAGACACACACACACACAUACACUGGGAGACAUACACACAGGGAGACUGAGAGACACCGGGGGGGAGAGAGAGGGGCACAGACUGGGAGACUGACCGACAGGCACACGGGGGGAGAGGGGCAAGGACGACAUCGGGGUGAGGGGUAGCCGUGGACUGGGCACUCCGGCUCUGCUUCUGGACCCGCUCCUGGUCACCGAGCGACACCUGUUGCUCCGGAUCCUCCCUCCCGGUGGUAUCAGAACCUGCGGACUCCCAGCGUGUGUGGGAGAGGCUGCAGGGAAUUCCGAGCUGCCCCGGGACAAGCCCCUGGAUUGCUAGCCCCCGGGGGUUGGGGCGAUGAGCUGCUCCGAUUGCAGCCUCUGAGAGCAGGAGCCGAGCUAUGGAUCUGAACACCGCACUGUUCAUACUGGGCUGUCUGUGGGCCGUCACUCAGGGUGACUGGAUUCCUUCAGAAUACAGCAGAUCCCAGCAUUUCGUCCCUCAUCAAGCCAAAGGUGCAGAUGCCAAGGAUUCGGAGAAGCUUUACUCGGUGUCUGUGGUUGGAAAAGGCCAUUGGCAAACUGUCCAAGUGACACAGAGCCCAGAGCCGGUGGUGGAACUUGCCAAGCCCGCCAAGUGUAAGGUGAGGCCCACGGUCAUCGAAAUCACCCGGAGCAUGGUGGAUCACACCAGCGCCAAUUUUGUUGUGUGGCCAUCCUGCGUGGAGGUGCAGCGAUGCUCUGGUUGCUGCAACACCAGGAACUACAAGUGCCAGGCAACCAAGGUACAAGAGCGACACGUCAAGGUGGUAACGAGGAGAAUAUGCCCCCACCGACACUGUAAAAACAAGAAUGCAGUGAUUGUGUUGUUAGACCACGUCGAGUGCAAGUGUGUAACCACUGCUGAAAACACGGCUUCGCGGGAGAGACAGGGAUCUCUGGCGAGUGCAGCUCCCACUGUGAUCCAGCCUCGAGGACACAGGAAGCGCAAGUAUCGGAAAUUCAAGCACAUCAGCGAUGGCAAGGGACUCCCCCCGAGAUAGGGGCAGGCAACAUGAUUCCGGUGUCCUACACUCGGAUCCCACGGAGAAUCCAAUUGAAAUCGCAGUCGGUCAGUGGGCUCUAUCUGUCAGGGCAGCUGCUCACAAUCACUCCAACUGUGAUCGACUGGAUUUUAACAUCUUCAUGGCAAACUCCUGCAAACCAGAGACAAAUCUGCACUAAAGACUGAAGCUGAUUCUUAAUACGGACACCAUGCUAAUGACGACUGGAUUUUUAGCUUCAUGCCUCUGUUGGGGUGAGAAAUGGACAGAGAGUGGUUGAUUCUGCAUGGAGACCCAGGCUGCUUGCACUGUAUAUUUUGCUUAUUUUAAAAUAUAUUUUCUGUGUAUUUAAUGUUGGUUACUGUGAUCGGAGUGAACAGCGUGAGGGGAAGCCAGGUCACCAGCUGGUUCUGCCCGUUUUGAGUGGCAUUUUACAGGGGUACCUACAGACCCCCCAGGUGCUGAUGUUCAAUACCCACUUCCACCCUCCUCCCAGCCAAGGAUGCUAACUGCACGGUGCCUGCCUGGUUCCUAACCUCCUUCAGGAUUCGUGCAGACCCCAGGCCCAGGAUUGGAAACCAGGCCAGAUCAGGGUUCAAUGCUGGUCUGUGAAAGCUGUGACUUUGUGUCCCUGCAGAUUUGGCUUGUGCAACAGUUAACUAAGCUGGAGCUGAAAGAAGUGGCCUGAGGCAUGGCCACAGAAGCCCCAUGCUCGCUCAGUCACUCGCUUGCUCAGGGAGACCCGGCCCCUCCUGCUCCUGGGAUCGAAGCAUGCUGCAUAGUUGAGCUGACGGCACGCCUGGUCCUUGCUACUUGUUUACACUUGCCUGAGGCAAGGGAUCGGCCUCGAUUUGGUUCAGAGCCAGGACUGUGAUCAAACCCCAACUGUGGAUCUAACUGCAGCAGCACUGUCCAGCGAGGGGCAAAGGUACCGGAACACAGAACAGAGGAGGGGGCAGGAAACAGCAAAUGGAUUGCUCUGUGCAGGGGCUGGUGUGGGUGACGUUAUUCUGCUAGAGGCUGUAAACAGCGGGGAAUUCUCCUCAGCAGCUCACCUGUAUUAUACACUGGAAUGGAAUCUCUUUUUUUUUCAGGAUAAAUAUUAUGACUAAUUAUUUAUAUAUUUAAAGUUGUAAAGAUUUAUAUGAAACACAAUAAAUGGCUUUUUGUGA